AUGAAGCGCAAAGAGUUCAGCGACAAGGCCCAGUUCUUCUACGGCUUCAUCCGCUCCAUCGCCCCGAAAGGGCUGCUGCAGAUGAACGGCCCCGACUGGAAGGUGCACCGCCACGCGCUGGAGCCCGCCAUCGCCAAGGAGGCCAUCGAGAGCCACUUCCACGUGUUCUCCGAGGUGGCCGACAACUUCAGCAAGAGCUUCCCCCGCCAUGCCUUCGACGUGCACAAGGCGCUGGCCCCGCCGCUGGUGGGAAUCUUCAUGCGCGUCUCCAUGCUGGGCGAGGAGCUGGGCCCGGCCGACGAGCAGCGCCUGCGCAGCGCGGCGCAAAUGUUGGACGAGACGCUGGAGGCCGUCAACACGCGCAGCUUCCAGCCGCUGCUGUGGCCCGACUUCGUCUACAGCAGGACGCCCAUGGGGCGACGCAUCAACCGCGGGCUGAGCGACAUACGCGAGUUCGUGGACGCCGCCAUCGUGCAGCGACGCCUGCAGGCCGUCCGCGACGCCGAGGAAGCCGCCCUCGGCCGCGGCGUCGCCCGCAAGCAGAUCAUGCUGGACAAGAUGCUGCAGAGCGACGCGUUCAGCAACCAGGACAUCAUGGACGAGUUCUUCACGUUCCUCAGCGCCUCCAACGACACGACCACCACCUCGCUCAGCCUCAUCUUCAAGAUGAUGUCCAUCUCGCCGGAGAUCCAGGACCGCGUGCGCGCCGAGGUGGACCAAGUCCUGGGCGUCGGCGCCGACGCGCGUAGUGUCGAACUGCAGGACCUGCCGAGGCUGCAGUACGUGGAGCAGGUCAUCAAGGAGACCCAGCGCAUCGUGCCCUCCACCCCUUUCCUGGCGAGGCAGGUGUACCAGCAGACGGAGCUCGCAGGCAAGACGAUUCCCGCCAACUCGACGCUCAUCGUCAACGUGCACGGCGCGCACCACGACCCCGUGCACUGGCCGGACCCGUGGAGGUACGACCCGGAGCGGUUCGCGCCGGGCAAGCAGCACCACCCCUGCGCCUUCAUACCCUUCAGCGCGGGGCCCAGGCGCUGCCCGGCGGGCUUCUUCGCCAUGAUGGCCAUGAAGACCAUCUUCGCCUCCGUGAUUCGCGACUACGUCAUCGAGCCCGUCGACGACGGCGUCAGGGAAGCCAAAGACUUAAAGUUGACCUUCAACCUCACCGCCAGGAUUAUCGGCGGCACGUUCGUCAACUUCAGACCGCGGACAACUUUAGCCGGCUAG